AUGGCUUGGUCCGAGCUGGUGGUGGCCCAGGCGGCUACCCCGAGCAUCCCCAACAGACCUGCUGUGUCAACUGUGUGUCCUCUUUGUGCCAUGCAGGAGGAGCUGACAAGCAAGUCCAAAAUCUGUGCCAACGUUUUCUGCGGAGCCGGCCGGGAGUGCGCUGUGACAGAGAAAGGCGAGCCCACCUGUUUGUGCAUUGAGAAAUGCAAACCCCACAAAAGGCCCGUGUGCGGCAGCAACAGCAAGACAUACCUGAACCACUGCGAGCUGCAUCGCGACGCCUGCCUCACCGGCUCCAAGAUCCAGGUGGACUAUGACGGCCACUGCAAAGAGAAGAAAUCUGACAAUUCUGCUGCAAGCCCAGAGGGAGUUAACCCUCUUUUUGCAUCCUGCUUCACAUCUUUCCAGAAUGUUGAUGAUGGGGACUCCGGCUUGGACUCCAGUGAGCUCCUGAAGUUUGUGGAACAGAACGAGACGGCCGUCAACCUCACCAGCUACGUGGACCAAGAGACCAACAGGCUGCUCAGGGGACUCUGUGUGGACGCCCUCAUUGAACUUUCGGAUGAAAAUGCCGACUGGAAGCUCAGCUUCAACGAAUUCCUCAAGUGCCUCAACCCGUCCUUCAACCCACCAGAGAAAAAGUGUGCCCUUGAAGACGAGACCUAUGAGGACGGGGCAGAGACCCAGGUGGAGUGUAACCGCUGCGUCUGUGCCUGCGGGAAGUGGGUUUGCACCGCCAUGACCUGCGAGGGUAAGGCCCAGAAGAUGCCUUCCCAGGUACAGCAGCCUGAAGAAAAGCUGACGGAAGAGGAACUGGCCAGAUACGUUCAGGAGCUGCAGAAGCAUCAGGAAACGUCUGAGAAGAUUAAGCGAUUGAGCACCAAAGAGAUGUAAGAAGAGGCUGUCUAAAGGCGGGUGUGUGUGUGUUCCCCGCCUCACCCACUGGUCUUCCUUCAGUGCCGAUCUAAAUAUGCAAGCGUGUCUAGAAUUGAUUGCCCAGUCACAGAUAUUUACAUUGUAUAGCGAUGGGAGGGGGACAAAGAAAAGUGAUUCUUCUGAAAUUCAAAGGAACGAGAAGAUCCCACGUAAUGGUCUUUCGCGAGAGGGUUCGGGAGCCGCACUGGUAGGGACGAGUGAGGGUCACACACUGUUCCGCUGGAGGUCUCGGCACUCCGGGGGAGCGUCACCUUUGACCCGCAGCCUUUGAAAGGGUCUGUGGGGAUUGAUUUGCCAGUAGGGGAGUCCUUCCCAAGGAAUGCCUCUUGAGAAUCUCCCAGAAUUGUCCACAACUACUACCACAACUGCAGGAACUUGGGAAGGAAGUGCCUGUCGCUAAGCAUCAGUUCAGUGCAAUGUCGCUAGGCCUCGCGGCCUCCCACCUCGACACCUGGCCUUUCAGUUUCUCUGCACAUGCGCUCGCCCUUCAUUCUCUCCUCCCAUUUUCGAUCCAGACCCUGCCUCUUGUUCACCUCAGCUCCCACGUUGUGUGCCUCCGGCCCCCUGAGGUCGGUCAGUCGACUGGCAAGUGGGGGGGGCUUCCUCUUGAUCUCGGACCGAUCCGCCCCCCCUUGCCAGAAGCCGGUCAGCCUCAGUGCAUUGCGGGCUCCCGAGUGACCUCAUUUUCUUUCCCCCUCUCUUUGCAAAGGUGCUACAGUAUAUUUUCUUAUCACACGCACACUGACCUUUUCUUUCUAAUUAAUGACUUUUGAUUGAGCUUUUUUUGUAUCUCGGAUUUAAUAGAUAUGGUUUUAUAUUUACUGGGAAAAGAAAUGCUGUACUUCUGGUUCAGGCUUUGUAUUAUAGCUACAUGUAUCCCCAAGGAAAAGUAAAAUCAUGGCAGCGCCCAAGAGGAAGCGCAGAACUGGAAGGCCCUCCCAGGAUCUGGUAUCUCAGCUCCUUUGUCGUAAUGGGCCUGAAGAUGGCGGGAAUGGGGCUUUUCAGAACAGGACCGCAGGUCCAGCAUUUGCCUGCCUCAACAAAUAAGAACUGACAUGUCCUCUGUUGCUUUCUAUUGCCCUGUGAGUUUAUCCUAAAAGGAAUGGAUUCUUGAUCUCAUCUUUGGGGGGGGGGGGUGGGACUGUGGCCAGUCCUGGCAAUUAAAUAGAAGGCAUUAGAAAUCUUUGGCAGACACAGACGAGUCGUUCUCCCCGUAUCCUUCUGAGGAGAGGCUCAGUAAGUAAUUUAAUCAUUUCCAGAGAACAGUUUUGGACACUGCAGCCCUACAAUGGAUGCAGAUGCCCUGGGGUUUCUGAUUGUGACACCACUCUGGUGUUUGAAGGGGAACUUGCCCGGCUGGGAUUUUGCUUUUCCCGUUCCUUGAAAGGGAACGAUAUGCCCCAAGCAGGGUCAGAAGAGAGGUGUUGCAUUCUUGGGCAUGAGACCAGAGUCCGUCCCAUGCAAUUUUAGGAAUCCUGACAAUAAAAUCGGGGAUCGCAGUCUCCUCAUUUUGGUAUACCAAA